UGCACAUUUCCAAUGUCACGCGAUCCUUGACAUCCGUACAUUAGUUUGCAUUUUACAAAUUUCCUUUUUGUGUAUUAUGAGAUAGUUAAAAUGCCGCGCUAGUAUUAACCAAUGCAAGAUAACUUAUCAAUCGUCGUUUCGAAAAAUGAGCUCAACAACAAUGUACAGGAGGCGAGCGGGUUAAUGUCUCCGAAAAUAAUGGAAACGAGAUAUUACGAGGGUUGCGGGCGAGAAGGUCCUAUACGGUGCAUAUUCCUCGCAGAAUUCCACCCAGUCGCAGGCCCGAAAAUAUCUUGUCAGUUUCCAGAAGACUAUGUAUCCAAAGAGCUGUUUGAUUCAAUCAACGCAUACAUUAUCCCAAAGCCUCAAAUACAAAAAUGUACUAUGACCAUAAAUGCCUUAGGUCACAAAAUAAUUGGUUAUCCAAUACGAAUAGAUAACUCGAGAUAUGAACGAAACAUGUACAUGUUCAAUCUCUGUUUCGUCUGUGAUAGCUGGUCCAAGACUGUGCAAUACGAACCCGUCGUGAAGAAACUAGGGGAGCAUUUGACAAUAAUGGAAGAGGAAACGCGAUUUGUAUCUAGCGGUUCCACAAAGUUGCCAACACUCCUUGCGCAUUUGCUACAUGACCUGAAUACUUAUAGGAAGGCAACCUUAGUGGAAGGCGACACAGUUAUGCAUUUGAAGGUGCUAGAAGUCCGCAAAGAUCCGAGCACAGUCCACGACUAUGAUGUACCAGCGCUGGUGGCAUCGGUGGGGCUGCCACGGCCUGGGAGGCAACCACGAAUAGCACCACCCGAGGGCACAGAAACCAUACAGAGCCAGGAGCAUUUAGAUGUAGAAGACGAUGAGCCUUUUGAAGUCGAUAUGGAGGCGGAGUGGGAUUUAACUACCAGACAGAUUCUACCGUACAUCAACGGAUACAACCAUGUGUCAAAAAUCGCCUCCGACACGAAUGUGGAGAAAACGCUUGUCAAGUCCUGUAUACAGAACCUAGUUUACUAUGGUGUGGUGACUCUGAUACCGGUGUUAAAGUUCAGUAACAUGUACCGAGCGACGCCGAACCUCACGCGGCUGUUCAAUGACCCCGAGCUGCAGAAGUCGUGUCUGGCGUUCAUCAAGUCCGAGUGUGAGAAAGAAAAGCCCGCACUAUCGGACGUCCUAAACGUGCUAUGCGCGCUGCAGCAAGGCACGACGCUGCGUGACGUUUGCGAGCGCUUCCUCGCGUCACCUACCGACCCCUUCGACGUGCGACGACUGAUUGUGUUCGCGCAGCUGCACGACCUCAUCAAGUGCUUGAAACGAUACCCGGUAUACAUACGGAACCCUAACCGGCUUAACGGGUUCAACAAUCGUCUCGACUCGAUGCUGGGCAUUCGAAGACUGUUCACAGGCAGACACAACACGGACGAGAUCUGCUGUCUCGCUCGCAUCGACCACGGCACGUUAGAUCAGAUCAUAGAGGACGAUCCCAAUGUUGCCAUCAUCUGGAGGUAAAUCUCCCCAAAGUUGGGGAAAAUUUUCCCCUAAAUAUCCGCAAGUUUUUGCUGCUGACUUGCUCUAGUCUAGGUUAGAAUAAUCCUGGGUUAAAUUAUCAUGUUUUCUAGUAACGAAAGAAAUAACUUAUUAUUUCACCCACCGUUUACUUUAACUCAGAUUUGCGCAAGCGAACCUAAGGGCCUGUUUCACCACUUCCUGAUAAGUGCCGGAUAGGCUAUCA